GCUUUCCUCUCUCAGCCUUCCUCAAUUUCUACAGUAGCAACUAUGGCUUCAGCCACCGAGGUGGACAGUCCCUCCAUCCUCUCGAAGCUUACCUUCGGGAAAUUCUUCCUUGCAUUUUGUGCCUAUCUUGCAUUCAAAGCGCUGCAUCAAAUCGUCUACUAUCGCUUCUUCCAUCCAUUGUCCAAGUUCCCCGGUCCAUUCUGGGCCAGUGUGACGCGACUCUGGGUUGCGUACCACAACGUUAAGGAAGACGAGCGCCUGCUUGAAUAUGAAUUGCACAAGAGAUAUGGUCCUGUCAUCCGCAUAACGCCUACGCUGCUCUUAUGUAGUGACGCGACGAAGCUUCCCGACAUUUAUAACCGACAAGCAACCAAGUCCAAGCACUACAUUACGGGUAGCUUCGGGGAGACGGAAAGCUUGUUCAAUAUGCAGGACUGGAAGCAACACGCUCAUUUCCGGAAGGUCGCCGCAGGACCAUAUGCCUUCUCAAAUAUCAAGAAGAUGGAGCCUUUGGUGGACAUGCGCAUUGCUGACUGGAUCAGCAAACUUACCAAGCUGUUCGCCAAAUCACCAAAGAAGUUCGAUUUUGCUCCAUGGGCAGUAUACAUGGCGUAUGAUAUAAUCUCAGAGAUUGGUUUUGGAGCUCCAUUCGGUUUUGUCGAGUCGGGAUCUGAUGUUGGAGGCCUCAUUCAGGGUUUCCACGAUGGCCUCGUGCCAUUUGGAAUAAUGGCUCGUCUAUAUCCCUUCACGAAUUGGGUGAAGAGCACUUGGGUGGGCGAAAAGUACCUCGUUGCGAAACCAGAACAUGACUCCGGCAUUGGCACGCUCAUGCGCUUCCGCGACAAGCUCAUUUUGCAGCGCCAGGAGGACAUUGAAGCAGGCAAAGUUGGACGCAUUGAUCUAUUACAGACUUUCCUCGAUGCGAGAACCGAAGAUGGCAACCCACUCGACAUGGAUUACAUCAAAGCCGAGAUCCUUCUGGUUCUUCUUGCCGGAGCAGAUACUACCGGAACUGCAUUCCAAGCAAUGAUGUGUUACAUCAUGUCCAACGAAAAGGUCUACGCCAAACUCAUGGCAGAGCUAGACGCGGCAACUCGAGCAGGAAAGCUCUCCCCAACUCCUCAAUACGACGAAGUGAUCCAGCACUGCCCAUACUACGUCGCUUGCGUAAAGGAAAGUACGAGACUGUGUCCCUCCGCGCCGAACAUCUUCCCCAGGCUUGUCGGAAAGGGCGGUAUGGAGCUUGAGGGCAAGUAUGUACCUGAAGGUAUGGAAGUUACAUGUAACCCGUGGCUCGUCCACCGCGAUGAAAAUAUAUACGGCCCAGACGCCUCGGAGUUCCGACCAGAGCGAUGGCUAGAGAGCGAGGAAAAGACUAAGGAGUACAACAAGUACAACAUGGCUUUCGGAUACGGCGCGAGAGUUUGCCUUGGGAAAGACAUUGCACUUAUGGAAUUGUACAAGGCACCCUUGGUAUUCUUCCGCAGCUUCAAACCUGAAAUUGUCAACAAGGAACAACCGGGCACGUUCGUUGUCAAGGGCGGAGUAGGAUUCUGGAAGGAUAUGUGGAUUACCAUUGAAAGACGCGCGCCGGUUGUUUAGGCUUCUUACAUAUUACUUCAAACCUCUUCCUCUAUUUCAGCACAUGUAAUUAGCUAGCAUAUGUUCCCGAGUAGACUUUCAAGGAACUUCCAUGCGAGAUAUUGCAAC